AUGGUAUUCUGUGGACGGCCUUCUAAAGGAUGUCAUGCAUGCCGAGCCAAGAAAACAAAAUGUGAUACAAUACCCACCGGGUGCACUCAAUGCUCCAAUGCCGGACGACCAUGUCCUGGGUACCGAUCUCAAAUCGACGUGAUAUUCCGCGAAGAAACAAAAAGCGUCAUCAAAAAAGCAAAAGUCAAACAUGAAAAAGCCAAGCAAAAGACCGUAGGAUCUAUCUCUCCCAACUCCACACCUCCUAACUCAAACAUAUCCUCGCCAUCUUCAAGCCAAGAAAGCUCUAGCUCUCCACGCAAUGUAGUUGUAAGAACUCUGCAACCUAGCCAGAUUAUCUCGAUAAAUUAUUUCAACAUAACACCAUCGAUUGAAGAUAAAGCUACGGCAUUCUUCCUAUCAAAUUAUGUGAUAGGUGAUCAUGGUCCUACUCGAGGACAUCUGGAACUUCUUUCCGAUUUGUACGAAUCCAAUAGCAUAGAUGAUAAUCUCGUCGCAGCAGUCCAUGCAGUUGGUUUAGCAGGUUAUUCACAUUCAGCGAAAGCUCCUCAGCUUAUGAAUCAAGCACGCGCCCAAUACGCCAAAUCAUUACAACUCACCAACUUAGCUCUUCAAUCCCCGACCGCCGUCAAGAAAGAUAGUACUUUAUUAGCGAUCCUGAUCCUUGGCAUCUUCGAAACUAUCACAGGACGUAAUCAAAAAUCCAUGAAAGCAUGGGCAGAACAUAUCCACGGUGCCGCUGCGGUUAUCAAACUCCGAGGCCGGGAAGCUAUCAAAUCCAAAGGGGGAAUCCAUUUGCUAGCUCAGGUAACUUCAAGCCUCUUAACAUCCUGUCUGCAAAGAGAUAUCCCAAUCCCGAAAUACAUAACCGAAAUGACUGCACUCGCCGAAAAAACAAUGACAAAUAUCGAUCCAGCAUGGAUAGCCCAAAAAACCAUGAUCGACUACGCCUCAUUCAACGCUCGAUAUCACGCGGAAAAUAACCCCGAUCCUCGUGACCUCCUCAACGAAGCCCAAGCCCUCGAAGAACGCUUCCUCUUCUUCUACACCAACGUCCCCAGAGGAUGGGAAUACACAAUCAUCCAGACGAACGAAGAUCCAGAUAUCGUAUUUGAAGGCUACUACCACAUAUACCACGACCACUGGGACAGCACAAAUGUGGAACGCAAUCGCAGGUCUGCGAAUUAUGCUCAACGAAACAAUCCGAGACAUCUUACUACAAGAUUUCGCAUCUGCCACUCCUUGCCUGCAAGGACAGAAUAUUUAUCUCUAUUCCAGAAAUGUACCACGACGAUAUACACACUGCAUUCAAACAUCCUAGCUAGUAUACCCCAACACAUAGGCUACCACACUCCAAACCUACAUGCAAACCUAAUAAAUCCCCCUUCAAACCCAAACCCAAAUCCCACCACAGAACCCCCCCAACUCUGGACCAACUUCCCCUCUACAUCUCCCCCCUCACCCAGCACUCCCCAAAGUGAAAGCGAUAAAUUCCCCAAACUCCGUUUCUCCGGUGGAUAUUUUCUCAUCUGGCCAUUAUUUAUCGUAGGGAAUUCGCGCCUGACCACUACAGAAGCGCGUGCAUUUUGCGUGAGGAAUUUAAGGGAUAUUGGGUUGCGAAUGGGCAUUCAGCAUGCGUAUUUGUUGGCGGGAAUUAUAGAGGGGAGGGUUGCUGUUACGGUGUGGUAG